UAGAGCGAAUAAAUUUUUAAUCAAUUUCCUGGCUUCGUGCGGAGUCGUCAAUACGAAAAUUAGCGGACUUUUCGACGUAUCCCAAUGAAUCAGAACAAUAUGAUACUCUCAGGUGAUUCAAAGCUGGAUGAACAAAUAAACAAUUGGCGUCAAUGGGACGGUAAUCCACAAACACAGAAUGAAAUUUCGAAGGCCGUCGAGAACAAAGAGUGGGAUGCGCUCAAAUCGCGGCUAUGCAUCCGUAUCAAUUUCGGGACGGCCGGCUUACGGGCUGAAAUGCGAGCUGGUUUCGAUUCCAUGAACGAUUUGGUCGUUGUGCAAACCGCCCAGGGACUGUGUGAGUAUCUGAAGAACCAGUAUCCUGACAAGUCGACGUGGUCCGGCCGUGGCAUUGUCAUUGGCUAUGAUGCUCGUCAUAAUAGCAAACGUUUUGCAGAGCUAUCGGCCGCUGUGUUUUUGUGCGGAAAAUUCCGUGUUUAUCUUUUUAAGCAAUUUGCUGCCACGCCCAUUGUGCCAUACACAAUCAAAAAGCUUAAUUGUUUGGCUGGUGUGCAGGUAACUGCGUCGCACAAUCCCAAGCAGGAUAAUGGCUAUAAGGUUUAUUGGAGUAAUGGUGCCCAGAUCAUUUCACCGCACGAUACUGGCAUCCAGGAGUCCAUACUUAACAACUUGAAGCCAAUGGAGGAUUACUGGAGUGUAAAUGAGCAGGCAUUGUGGUCGAAGCCACUGUUGAGCAAUCCUUACGAUAAAGUAGUGCCAGCCUAUUUCGAGGCGUUAAAGGAGGAGAUCCCCAGUUCAUUUAUACAAGCUAAUGACGAGUGUCCGUUGAAAUUUGCGUACACCCCAAUGCAUGGCGUUGGUUAUCCAUAUGUGGAGGAAGCCUUCAAGCAAAUUAAUCUCAAGAAUGUGUGCCUUGUGCCUGUGUCGGAGCAGGUUGAACCCGAUCCGGAGUUCCCAACGACGCCAAUGCCAAAUCCCGAAGAGGGUAAGCAAUCGCUGGACUUGGCCAUUAAAACCGCAACUGAGGAAAAUUGUCAAAUCAUAUUGGCUAACGAUCCGGAUGCCGAUCGCCUGGCAGUCGCCGAAAUCAGUGAUAAUAAUAAAUAUAAGCUUUUUAGCGGCAACGAACUGGGUGCACUGCUCGGCUGGUGGUCAAAACAGAUCUACAAUAUGAAGGAACCACAUGGAGAUAUAUCGAAUUGUGUCAUGAUCGCCAGCACGGUCAGCUCAAAGAUACUGAAAUCCAUGGCUGCCGUCGAGGGUUUCAUCUUCCACGAGACACUCACUGGUUUCAAGUGGAUGGGCAACAAGGCCAUCGAGGAGGAGUUGGCCGGCAAAAAGGUACUGUUCGCAUUUGAGGAAGCCAUUGGAUUCAUGGUCUCCACAAAUGUGGUGGACAAGGACGGUGUCAGCGCUGCGGCACAUGUGGCCACAAUGGCCCGUUACCUGCGCUGCGAGAAGAGCAUGACGCUGCAGGAUAAAUUGCGAGACAUUUACGAGACGUACGGCUACCACACAAGCAUCUGCUCCUAUUGCAUUUGCCGCGACCAGGUGCUGAUCAGGAAGAUUUUCCAGCGCCUGCGUACCUUCGACAAUGGCAAGGAGAACACUUAUCCAAAGAGCAUUCUAAAUGGUGAAUUCGAAAUCGAACACGUUCGCGAUCUGACAACCGGCUACGACAGCAGCACAGCUGACAAACGGGCCACGCUGCCGGUGAGCUCCAGCUCUCAGAUGAUAACGUUCACCUUCAAGAAUGGCCUCGUUGUCACACUCCGCACCAGCGGCACUGAGCCAAAAAUGAAAUAUUAUGCCGAGAUGUGCGGCAAGCCGGAAGAUCAGUGCUGGGAUGUGCUCACAGCAACACUCAAUCGCAUGGUCGAGGCCAUUGUUAACGAGUUCUACGAGCCCGAGAAGAAUCAACUGCAACGCAAAUCGGCUGACUGAAUGAACUUAAUGAAUAUACCCAACGAAUUUGACCGCACAUUGUAUGUUAUGUAUGUGAACGAAUCCCAGUUAAUAACACAACCGGAUUGAAACACUACUCCAAACCAAAUACAUUUUUAUAUAGGCACAAAAGUGUUGAUUUAGUCAUUAACUGAUAUAUUUAUAUAUGUUACUAACGAAUAUCUAUGUGUAUAUGUAUGUAUGUAUUAGCACAAUAUUUAUGCGCAAAAACAAUAAACUUUUCCAUCAGGCACAAGCAAAA